AAGCAUCAUGUUUUGGAAGUUUGAUCUACACACAACGUCUCACAUUGACACCCUCCUGGAGAAGGAGGAUGUGACUCUGACUGAGGUAAUGGACGAGGAGGAUGUUCUGCAGGAGUGCAAGGCCCAGAACCACAAGCUGGUGGACUUCCUGGUGCGGCCUCAGUGCAUGGAAGACCUGGUCACCUACAUCACACAGGAGCCAAGUGAUGAUGUGGAGGAGAAGAUCAAGUACAAGUGAGAACAGUUUUGAGAACAAUUCUGAAUUUCUUGCGUUCAUGUGUUUACCUCAUAAGGGAAUACCCUUACAACCACAAGGGGGCAAGCGUGACUUGCUAGGCUGUAAAUUAUACAGGACCUUUAUGUGAUGUUUUGUGUGGUUGGCCGGCUUUACUGAGUAAAUCGCCAAAUGCUGUAUUUGCACUAUUUUCAGGUACCCCAACAUAUCCUGUGAACUCCUUACCUCGGACGUUGGACAGAUCAAUGACAGACUGGGAGAAGAUGAAAGUUUGCUGAUGAAACUUUAUGGAUUUUUGCAAAGCGAAUCUCCUCUCAACCCUUUACUGGCCAGCUUCUUCAGCAAGGUCCUUAGCAUCCUCAUCGGCAGGAAACCAGAACAGGUGAGAUCAAUACAGACCGCUAGUCAUAAUCACUGUGAUUUUGAAGAGUUUAUGACAUGCUGCCGCGUCUUGUUAAAGCUCUAGGAGAAGUGUCUUCUAAACAAACUGUAACUGUCUUGUAGAUUGUGGAGUUUCUGCGGAAGAGGGAAGACUUUGUGGACUUAAUGAUUAAACACAUAGGGACCUCCGCAAUCAUGGACUUGCUGCUCAGAAUGCUGACCUGCAUUGAACCACAGCAGCUCAGACAAGAUGUCUUAAAUGUGAGUGUUUGAGUUUUCUUAGUUUGAAGUUUCUGUCCAUUUUCUUAGUGAUCAAUCAUCAUCAACCUGUAACUUAUUCACCCACAGUGGCUGAACGAGGAGAAGGUGAUCCAGAGGCUUGUUGAUAUGGUCCAGCCUUCUCAGGAUGAGGAUGUAAGUUACAUUUCAUUAACUGUUUGUUUGGAGUACUGUUUCUUCAGACAGUGUCUUGACAAGUCUCUCUCUCUCCUCACAUAGAGGCAUUCCAACGCUUCCCAGUCUCUGUGUGAAAUCAUCCGCCUCAGCAGAGAUCAGAUGUUCCAAGUUCAGGGCUGCUCUGAACCCGACCCCUUACUGGCCACACUGGAAAAGUAAGUCAACAACCUGUGCUUGAUUCUUUCAGCGAAGAAUACUUGUUGCUAUCAUGAUAUUCAAUGUAUUACUUUAUUGUCCUGGCAAAAGCAUUAUCUUUUAUCCCCCUUCCCUUUCUCAGACAAGAGACUGUGGAGCAGUUGCUAUCCAACAUCUUUGACAAAGAGAAAAAUGACUCUGCCAUAGUCAGUGUAAUUCAGAUUCUCCUGACUCUCUUUGAGACACGAAGACCAGCGUAAGUUCACAAUGUCCCGUUUUGGGUUUAAUGUUGGUUUGGUUGUGUGGUAUAGGGUUAUAAGAUACUAGUAGUGUUGAGUUGUUAGGCUUGUCUGAUAUGCUGCUCUUUCUUCAAGUCCUUGUUAUUUAUGCAUGUUCAUGAAUGUUGCAUUUUACCUAAUGAAACCCAUAGCAGGUGGUAACUGUAACAAAAGGCCUACAAGUUUUAAGAGAUGACAUAUUACCCCAGGAAACCCAUUGCGGGUGAUAACUGAAAGGCUAUACUACCCCUGGAGAGCCAUUAAGGGCAGUUACUAUAGAAACAAGGUAGCUUUAUUCAUGUCAGGGGAAUUUAACGAGAAGUGUCAGCCUAUUUGCGACGCACCUCCUUAUUGCAUUUUAAUUUUGUAUGAAAGUAUGUAUUCUUAUUUUAAAUACAUGUAGUUCUGUCCUUGUGAUGUACUUGUCUAUUAAUGUGUUUUAUGUGGACCCCAGGAAGAAUUUUUUUUUUACUAAAUACUUACUGUCAUGUAUAGGUUCGAGGGCCAUUUGGAGAUCUGUCCCCCUGGUAUGAGCCACCCAUCCUUCUCAGUCAAUCAGAGCAUUCUGGAGGCUGUCAGACCCAGGCUCAAAGACUUCCAUCAACUGCUGCUGGAACCCCCAAAGGUAAUACUUUACAUACCUAUAUAAUUUACUUACACACACUAAACAGUGCACACAUUUCUUAGCUUAGUAAGCUCAUUAGAGUAGGUCGUUCUCUUUGCUAUCCACUUGAGCGAAAUAUAACUAACAAAAAUAUUUUCAAUAAAUUAUUACUACAUGUAUCUUUUAGAUCUUUUUUGUGAUCCUCCUACCUCAAUCUCGGUUCAACUUUGAGUCAUAUUUAUCUUCAGUGGGUGGUCCUUCCUCUAGUUUACUCUACAAGUGCACUCCAAUGGCGGUUUUAUUUGCAUUACCAAGUUAAAUGAAUCUAGUCUGAAUGAGAGCCUGAUUUUUCCUUUCAUCCCCAUAUUUGCAGAAGAAUAUCAUGAAAACCACGUGGGGUGUGCUGGACCCCCCAGUGGGCAACACCCGGCUGAGCGUGGUCCGUCUUGUGGCCAGCCUCCUGCAGACCAACACUCAUAUCAUCAACAUGGAGCUGAUCAACCUCAACACUCUAGGAGUCAUACUCGUAAGUUGCCUGUCUUUUUGUCUGUGCGAUUUCUACUUGUUUUUGGGUACUAGUUGUUCCUACCAAAACCAGCACCAGGAUCUAGACUUACUGUUGUGCACAGGGUUUUCACUUUCAUUUAUGACAUUGGUUCCCUUACUACCCCCUUCUCAUAACCAAGGUCAACAGAAAUGAUGCACACUUCAACAACUUGAUUUGGGUCAUUUUUUAUUUAAUUAAUGGCCAUUUCUUUCUCUCUCCAUUUAUUCUCAGGACAUGUACUUCAAGUAUAUAUGGAAUAACUUCCUGCAUAUACAAGUUGAAAUCUGCACUGCGAUGAUCCUAGCAAUGCCCCCAGCCCAAAGUGAAAACCCCGAAAUCAACAGAGAUCAGGACCAAGAGCCUGUCAGAGAAAGCCACCUCAUCAAACACGUGAGGCUUUAUCACCCUUUUCUUUACAUCUAUUAUGGCAUUCAUGUCGGACAAGUCAAUUAACUACUUUUUUGCUCUGUUUUAGCUGUUUCAGAAGUGCCAGUUUAUACAGAGAAUUCUUGAUGCAUGGAGCUCCAAUGAGAAGGAGCAGUAAGUACGGUUUUAUGUUUAUUUUAUUUUUUAUUACACUAUGAAUUUAGACCAUAAUGCUGCUGUUACUAGACCACUGGACUUUGCAGAUUUGUGUCUAAAUCUCUUGUGAGCUGUUUGGUUUUUACCCUUAAUAAGGCUCAAUGUAGUUUAAGAAAUGUCACCACAAUGUUCCUGUAGGCUUCAAUAAGUGUGUUUUUCCUGUUGCAGGGGUGAGGGUGGACGUAGACGGGGCUACAUGGGCCACUUGACCAGAAUAGCCAACUCAAUAGUGCACAACAGCGAUAAGGGCCCCAAUGGUGAGAAGAUACAGCAGCUCAUCUCAGGUGAGUGUGCUUUGACAUCUCCCAUCAGAAAUUAGGUUGGAGCUCCUAAAAUGAAUUCCUGUAUUGAGGUGGAAUAGACUAAUCUUGUGUUAUUUCAGAGCUCACAGAGGACGACAAAGAGAGAUGGGAGGCCUUCACUUCUGGUCAGCUAGCUGACACAAACAAAAGAAACACUGUAGACCUAGUAAGUCUGAUCCAGACACCUGUUACUCAGUGCCAAAAUAUGUUUGCAAAGUACACAGUAUUUACACUGGAAGGUGAGGUGCCAGUAGUGCCAAUGCUGUUUGAAGGAGGUCUAAUGGUUGUCCUCUUAGUAAUAAGGUUGUUUGCAUUGUGCCUUAGGUGAACACACACCAUAUUCACUCAUCCAGUGACGAUGAGGUAGACUUCAAGGACAGCGGAUUCCAACAGGAUUCCUCUCUACAACAGGUAAGUCUGUAACUGGAUGAGACUAUAGAAACACUGCUAAAUCUGCAUAUUUGUAGUCUUUGUAAUUGUUUAUAACAUUAUUAUACUGGACUUAUGUCUUGUAGUGGUACUGAGAUAUAUAUAUAUAUAUAAUUUUUAAAUUAACAUUAAACAUGUAUCUUUCAAAUGUAAGUAUGCAUGUGCUCUUAAUCUUAACUAUUAACCUAUAGCUACAGUAUUAGCCAAUUGUUUUGAAUUUAAGCCUUUUGUAGUGCCAAGACUAUAUCAUUAUCGUUGGUCCUGGGUUUGCCAGGCCUUUUCUGAUUAUCAGAUGCAACAAAUGACGUCCAAUUUUAUUGAGCAGUUUGGCUUCAAUGACGAAGAGUUUGCCGAUCAGGAUGAUGUCGUGGAGUGAGUACUGAUCCUGCAUGAUGAUUUGUUCAUAACCUAGUAUUACAUUUUUUAUUUUUUUAUUAUUAAGGGUUUGGGGUGACUAGACUAGUGCUCUGUUAAUAUAUUAUCUGUUUAACUUAACAAUGGACUCUGUGAACCAGUUUCUUUCUCUGUACAAGGUUUAGGUUACAUGUUUGCAAUUUAAUAUCUACAUAUGAAAAUAAUAUGCCACUGUUUGUUUGGAAAGUGAUAUCUCUAGUGUGGAGAAAUAAAGCUGUAGGUAAAUUGGAUGCCAGUCUGAAUUCUGCAACCCAUGAGUCAAAUUUCCUUAUGAUUACAUUUAACUAGCUGUUAUUAUACAGGUCUACCAUUAAAUUGGAUACAUGACCGUGUAAAGUUCAAAAUGCUUGUCACUGUCAAUAAAGACUGGUGGUUUGCUUGGACCAGAGUCCAGACAGUAAAGUUGUAAUUGCAAAAUUCCGUUUAGUUUGGAGUAAGUAGCACUCUUCUGCCCUCCUCUGUGCCACUGCUCUCUGGGUCUUGUUGUUAUUUGGGUAUUCUGCUGGGGUUUGGCUUCCUGUGGAGAAUGACCAACUGGGAAUGGCUGGUGGGGUUUCUGCAUAAAGCUGUUUUUAAUGUGAGUUAGUGUGCCAUAAUUGUCCUUCUACCUGUUACUGGGCCUCUGUAGGGAGGAGUCCUGAAGCCAUUUUGUGAAGUCAUUGUCUCACUAAUAUAACUGAACAACUCUUUUCUUUUAACAUUUCAGUAUUCCCUUUGAUAGAAUAUCAGACAUCAAUUUUUCCUUGAAUACAAAUGAAAGUGUAAGUAUUUUAAUGUAAUGGAUUAUCCACUUAUAUAGAAAUGAUUGCCAUAUUGUCCUUUCCAACUGUGCUCUAGGCUAGAUGUAGUCAAUCGUAGUAGAAAUAAAACUGCUACACUAACUCCCAAAACAUUGAAGUUCACCAUUUUUAUAAUGCUGUACAUACAAUUAGCCAUUGCUGAUGUCUGAAAUUCCAUUACCUUAUGAAUAUGAUGGUGCACGUACUUAUUUUCUUUUCCAUGUACAGUAAAUGAUGAAGUGGAAGCAUCGCAGCAUAUCUUUUCGUGUAUCUUGUUGUGCUUUACCCUUGUACUGGUGUUGUCUUUCAGGCAAAUAUAGCUCUGUUUGAGGCCUGCUGUAAGGAGAAGAUCCAGCAGUUUGAAGAUGCAGGCUCUGAUGAGGAGGACAUCUGGGAUGAGAAAGAUGUCACGUUCGCACCAGAAGCUCAGAGAUGUCCUCGGUACGGCAGUGCCUUUUGGCAGAUAUUUAAAUUAAAUAUCUAAAAUGACUAACAUCAUACCUUCUGAGGCUUAUUCAAAGCACCUGCUGGGUUGGGUGAUUGAUUAGUUUGAAUGACUUCUGUCCAUUUUGUGACUCGAACCAUUAGGAGCUCUGGCAGUACAGAUAGUGAGGAGAGCACAGACUCUGAGGAGGAGGAUGUGAAACGUGAUCCCUUUGAGCCCAACAACGCCAGCUCUGAUGACAGAAUGGAGGUAGACACGGGUGAGGGUGAGUGAUUGUCCCGGACUGACACGCUGGGUUUGGGUUGGUGCUUAGUUAGGUAGGUCUGUCUGGUGUGAUCUUCUCAAGAAAGUGCUGCAUGAUAUGUCUUGGCUGGCAUUUUUUUUGACGGCUGCCCUGUUGUUUCAGGGCCUGUGUGGACAGCUAACUUUGACGACAUACCCAUGGACACUGGGAGUUGUACGUCGAUGGGAGCACCUGCCACCACCACUGCCACAGCCUCCCCCUCCUCCCCUGCGGUCCUACCAGAGUCUGCUGGCUGGAGCUCCCCCAAUGCCUCCCCUGACACAGCCACGGGCUGGGCAGACUUCUCUAACAACUUCUCACCAGUCAGGUAAGGGUUCAUCCCACCAGCCUCAGUCCCAAGACCUUAGGUGGCACUAUUGCCACACACAUUUCCAUAUUAUUAUCCUCCCAUGUACAUCCUAUAUACAAAUGUAUGUGGACACCCCUUCAAAUGAGUGGAUUUGGCUAUUUCAGCCACACCCGUUGCUGACAGGUGUAUAAAAUCGAGCACACGGCCAUGCAAUCUCCAUAGACAAACAUUGACAGUAGAAUGGCCUUACUCGAGCUCAGUGACUUUCAACGUGGCACCGUCAUAAGAUGCCACCUUUCCAACAAGUCAGUUUGUCAAAUGUCUGCCUUGCUAGAGCUGCCCCGGGCAGCUGUAAGUGCUGUUAUUGUGAAGUUGAAACGUCUAGGAGUAACAACGGCUCAGCCGCGAAGUGGUAAGCUCACAGAAUGGGACCGCCAAGUGCUGUAGCGCGUAUAAAUCGUCUGUCCUUGGUUGCAACACUUACUACAGAGUUCCAAACUGCCUCUGGAAGCAACGUCAGCACAAUAAUUGUUUGUCUGGAGCUUCAUGAGCAGCCGCACACAAGCCUAAGAUCACCAUGUGCAAUGCAAAGCGUCGGCUGGACUCUGGAGCAGUGGAAAUGCGUUCUCCGAAUGCAUAGUGCCAACUGUAAAGUUUGGUGGAGGAGGAAUAAGGGUCUGGGGCUGUUUUUCAUGGUUCGUCCUAGGCCUUUUAGUUCCAGUGAAGGGAAAUCUUAACGCUACAGCAUACAAUGACAUUCUAGACAAUUCUGUGCUUCUAACUUUGGCAACAGUUUGGGGAAGGCCCUUUCCUGUUUCAGCAUGACAAGGUCCCCGUGCACAAAGUGAGAUCCAUACAGAAAUGGUUUGUCAAGAUCGGUGUAGAAGAACUUGACUAGCCUGCACAGAGCCCUGAACUCAACCCCAUCGAACACCUUUGGGAUGAAUUGGAACGCCAACUGCGAGCCAGGCCUAAUCGCACAACAUCAGUGCCUGACCUCGCUAAUGCUCUUGUGGCUGAAUGGAAGCAAGUCCCUGCAGCAAUGUUCCAGCAUCUAGUGGAAAGCCUUCCCAGAAGAGUGGAGGCUGUUAUAGCAGCAAAGAGGGGACCAACUCCAUAUUAAUGCCCAUUUUGGAAUGAGAUGUUCGACGAGCAGGUGUUAACAUACUUUUGGUUGUGUAGUUUGAAUAAGGAUGGGGGUGACUGGUGUUCUGUUUAUUCCCUUGCCUUCCCAUGCAUCUUUAUAUUCUUCCCAUGCAUCUUUACCUUUGAUCUUCCAGACCCAAAAUUCAUUUGAGGAGCAAUUCCCCAGUAGCGAUGGAGACCUGCAUAGGGACAGGGGACCCCUUGGGUGUCAACGCACCAAUGCAGCCUGAAGGUGAGCUUUGCCACAGUGCCAUACAGGAAUACGCGUUUUACUUCUUACUCAUUGAUCACUGUGUAAUGCUAUCCCUGUGUGAUGUCCCAGUUUCUGACCUGUGGCCAAGGGACGAGGCAGCCCAGCUACCCAGCUCCCCUGGAAGGAAAGCCGGAGGCUCGGACGCAGAGGAGACUGUCACCACUGAGACGGUCACCAACGGCUCCAUGAAGGAGACAGUUAGCCUUACUGUAGAUGCCAAAACUGAAACUGCUGUUUUCAAGAGGUAAGGAUUCUGACAACACACCAUACCCCUUUCCUCCUGUCACCAAUCCUUCCCUUAAAACACAGCCAUUCACCUCACAGUGCAUGUGGAAUUGACUGCUGUGCCUUGCCAAGUUUUCCCCCUACACUGAGUGAGUUCCAGCCAGGCAAGGCAGGGACACUCCAGUAGACUUGUAAAAAUGUCUAUGUACCAUUUUUGUAUCACCAAAUCUGCCGAACCUACAUUGCUGUCUGUCUGUUGUUUGAGAAACUGUCCUUCACUUUAACUGCAACACUUACAACAUGAGCUUCCUCUUUCUCUCUGGUGUGCGUGUGGCUUCAGAGUGUUGAAAUCUUAUCGGUAUGUACAGCCAAUCGGGGGGCAGAUGUCUGCCGUGUCUUGUUUUCAUGUCAGCCGCUGAGUUUAUUUUAUUAUUAAUUAUUUUGCCAUCUCCAUUUGCAUGUCUAUCUCAGAUGUAUUGAUUUGGUCGUCGCUCGUCGUCAAUGAUUUCAUGAAAUGGCCGCCCAGGCUUUCUGAAUUGGCCUUUUUCUCUUUCUGUUGUUCAGUUCUGGGUGUGGAUUGGCGAAAGCAGUCUUCAUUAUGUAUCCGCCCCCUCCCUGUGCUGGUAUCUCAUUGGCUUAAGUUCGCAGCACAUGGCAUUGUGAGGUGGCUGGAAUAAACUGGAGAGAUGAGUCCUAGACUAACAGUAGUCCUGUUCUCAUGCAAAACUCAGCUCUACUUGAAAUGAGCUUCAUUUUAAAAAUUGCAUCUGGAAAUCAAAGACCUUCAAAAUGCCAUCUAGGUAGUUGUUUUUAGUGAAUGCCCUUAACUUUACCAGGUCAUCAUGAAUUUGUUCUAAAUCGACUUGACUGGUUAAAUUAAUUAAAUAAAUAGCCUACCUUACAUAACUGCCUCGUCAAUUAUUUAAAUAACAUUGGCUGUAGGACCCAAAUACAUAAUGUCCUGGUGCGUGUUAGUUUUGUAUAGUAAUUAUGGUGAGGUAAUUGUUGUGGUUUAAUGACAAAAAGCAAGACUGAUGGCUGACAUGAGUUUGAUCCAUUCAGUGAGUUUCUAAAACGGUCAUAAUCACCCCAUGCUCUGCUCCUCAAAACAAGCUCACUCUUAAAGAGGCAAACUCCUGUAAGUGGAUGGUCAGAGAAUUUGCUGCUUCUUUCCAUUUAGUGUACAUUUUGAUCCUUUCAUCCAUUUUUAACCGCCAACCACCUUUCAACACAUUUGUUUACCCCUAUGGCUUUGUGGUCUUUCUGUCUCAUUCUGCAUGCAUCAGUCUUUUCCGGGCUGUGUCUUAACGGUGGGGGGGUUUCUGUAUAUUUGGAAAUGGCAAGAGCUCUGUAAAUGUGUUCCUUUCCUCUGCAGUGAGGAUGAGAAGUUUACCUCAGAGGACACAUCUGUUAAGUACACUGUGGGGGAGAGUGGAACACCAGAGAAGGGUGUCUCUGCAUCAGUCCAGCCUGCCAGCAACUGUCUGAAACCAAGGUCUGGCUCCAUGACUCAUACUUUACAUUACAUUUUAGUCAUUUAGCAGAUGCUCUUAUCCAUAGCGACUUACAGGAGCAAUUAGGGUUAAGUGCCUUGCUCAAGGGCACAUUGACAGAUUUUUCACCUAGUCGGCUCGGGGAUUAGAACCAGCGACCUUUCGAUUACUGGCACAACGCUUUUAACCACUAAGCUACCUGCUGCCCCACCUUCACUUGAACUGUCUAGUACAAGUGAGCUGUUUACAGACAUGCUGUUGUACCUGUUCUAAUUGUCCACCAGCAACUCAUGAGUUCCUCUAAUUUAUUCCCUUUCAGCAGUGCAAAACAUUCAGAAACAGAUAAAUCAAAAGUCCCCAGUGAUGCUGUUAAUGGUCCCCUAGAAGAAGGAACAGCAAUGGACAAAGCCAAGUAAGUGUCAGCUAGAAUCAAAGAUUGGCUUUCCACAGUCUGGCAUGUCUUAUCACUAGUGAAGUGUGAAGUCAUCCAGUGUGUUACAUUGUGGCCUCUCUUUCUGCACCACUACAGAACACAGCAGAGCGUGGUCGCACCAGAGGCAGCUGUGAAUGGCCCGAUG